AUGGCGAAAGAUACAAAAAAUAUCGAAAGCGUCGACAGCGCGUAUUAUGAAGAUGAAUUGUUGAUGCUUGAAGCAAAACGCAACAUCUUCUUUGAACUCGUCCAGAGCAUUUACAAUAAGUCGCUAGUUGUUGAUACAGAUGUAGCGAGUCGCGAGAGUUUCCUCGACGCUGCUGACAAUAUCGACGAACUUCGCUCGGAGUUCAAAGAGGUUGUUAAUGAGUAUAAUCGCACGUUGCUAAGGGCUAAGGAGGCUGCUGUACCUAAUUAUCAGCCGAUUAUAGCCUUCGAAGAUUUGUACUGCCGCAUCAGGAGAGCGGUUAAGCGGCUGCAACCAGCCGCACCGCCGGCCUCUUCGCUGCCUUCUAUAGUGGAGAGAGCCAGACCUUCUUUGCCAACGAUGGAACUGAUAGCGUUCGAUGGAGACAUACGUAACUGGCCGCUGUUCUACGCUAGUUUUAAAUCUAGAGUGCACGACAAUCUGUCGCUUACCAACGAAGAGAAGCUUUUCUACCUUAUUGGGAAAUUGUCACCAAAAGCUCAAGCUGUCUUCGCGGAUCGCAUUACCGACGACUUGCCGUCAGUGCCCGUGGACAUGUCGACCCUCACGCAUGUUCAUGGACUUCCUCUGGCUGACGACACGUUGGAUACGCCCGUCGCAAUUGAUGUCCUGGUGGGUGCAACUAUAUUCCCGCAUUUGUUGCUACCGCACAUUGUCAAAAGCGACGUGGACCAUAUGCCACCGGCUAUUCAGACGGACUCCAUGGACCACCUCCUCAAAAGGUUCUGGGAGCUUGAGGAAGUAUCCGCUCCGCCCGCUCAAAGUCAAGAUGACCUUGAAUGCGAAGAUUACUUUCGUGCUACCACCACGCGCAACGCUAGUGGCAGAUAUACUGUCGCAUUGCCUUUCCGAGAUGACGUAUUCAAGCUCGGAGAGUCGCAUUCUGCUGCUAAGAGGCGCUUUCUUUGCCUUGAAAGGAAGCUAGAAUUAUCGAGUAUGUUACGUGCCGCCUAUGACGAUAUCAUUCGGGAAUACGUCAGUAAGGGUUACAUAUCGGAGGUAACUAACUCCAUGAACGCCUCACCAGCUAUCGCGUACAUAAUUCCUCAUAUGGCUGUCGUGCGCGAGGACAAGGCAACGACCAAAGUGCGCAUGGUCCUGGACUCGAGUAGCAAGACAAGCACAGGCCUGUCGCUGAAUGAUGUAUUACACUCAGGGCCCAACCUUCAAGGGGAUUUGUUUUCAAUCCUUCUGAACUUUCGCUUAUUCAGAAUAGCGCUUUCGGCCGAUUGCCGUCAAAUGUUUUUGCAGAUUGGUGUUCGCGAAGCGGACCGCCAGUUUCAGCGAAUCUUGUAUAGAUUCCGCCCGGCAGAUCCCAUUACCACGUACGAAUUUCAUCGUGUGUGUUUUGGCAUGAAGUCGAGUCCCUAUCACGCGCUCCGCGUCGUCCGUCAGCUGAUUGCAGACGACGGACAUAAGUAUCCCAAGGCCGCAGCGAUUGCGUCCUCCUGUACUUACAUGGAUGACGUAUGUUUUAGCAUUAUGUCAGAUGACUCGCUACAGCAGGAUGAGUCUGUUGCUAUUAACGCGGCUAAGGAGCUGAUUGAUCUAUUCAAAUGCGGUCAAUUUGAUCUUGUGAAAUGGACCUGCAAUUCAGACGCCGUGCUACGCGAAAUACCUGCUUCGCACCGGGCUUCCGUAGACAUUGAAAUCGACCCAGGGAUCUCCCAAAAGGUUCUGGGCUUAUGUUGGAAUAAAUCUGGUGAUUAUUUCCAUUUCAAAGUGACAGAGCCAGACUCAACGUGCACUAAAAGGACGAUCUUGUCCGCAGUGGCACGUCUAUGGGAUAACGUGGGCUUAGUAGCUCCAGUUGUCUUAUAUGCAAAACUCCUCAUCCAGGAGCUUUGGUUGAUCAAAUGCGACUGGGAUGAGACUCCCCCGCCCCAUAUUGUGGAUUUAUGGGAACGAUUCUGUUCAGAGUUGCCAAAACUAAAUGAAAUCCACAUACCGCGCCAUCUUGGAGUAGUACAGGGUUGUACUAUAAACCUUUUAGGCUUCGGUGAUGCAUCCGAGCGUGCAUAUGGAGGUGUAGUAUACCUUCAGGUUCUAAAGGGAGACGAAGUGACAACUCGGCUGGUGUGUUCCAAGUCGAAGGUCAGUCCCCUUAAAACAGUAUCCGUUGCGAGAUUGGAAUUGUGUGCUGCAGUCCUCCUGGCGAAGCUCAUGCGGAAGGUGCAAGAUAACUUCGAACCUCGUUAUACGAUCAACGAGAUCUACGCGUUUACUGACUCGAAGGUUGCCCUCUGCUGGAUUCAGUCAUCACCACACCGCUGGCAAACGUUUGUUGCCAACCGGGUAGUUAAGAUUAUUGAAACUAUUCCGGCCAACUGCUUCCAUCAUGUGGCGGGCUUGGAAAAUCCCGCGGAUUGCCUGUCCCGUGGACUGACGCCUGCAAAGCUAGUGGAUCAUCCUUUGUGGUUCACGGGACCAGCUUGGGCUAACAAGCAUCCAUCAGAGUGGCCUUUAAGGGAACUCGAUCGAGAGUCCAUCGGUGAAGUGCCGGAGCUUAAGCCUCUUGCACACGCUACAACUACGGAUGUGUCAGAGUCACCACUUUAUUCGCUCGCUCAGCGGAUAUCAUCGUGGUCACGAUUAUUGCGCAUCAUCGUAUACGUGUACCGCAUUCUAAAACCGAAACCGCGAUCCACGGCACUUACUCGGUCUGACCUAGAGUUCGCUGAAGGCAAAAUUCUUUCAUCGUUACAAAGUCAACACUUCAGUGACGAUAUUGAUAAAAUUAAAAGCAAGAAGUGUUGUUCGCCUGCCUUACAAAAGCUUAAACCGUUCAUGGAUAAAGACGGUCUGAUUCGUGUUGGAGGCCGACUGUCAAAUGCUGACUUGGAAUAUACACAGAAACACCCAAUUGUGCUUCCCCGACGUGAUCAUGUAGUUAAUCUGAUUGUUGAUUACUUCCACAGAAAGCAUUUGCAUGCCGGUCCUGAGGCAUUGAUGUCUAUACUUAGGCUUCAGUAUUGGAUACUAUCGGCUCGUCGUGUCAUUCGUGACCGCGUUGCCAAAUGCAACACGUGUUUCCGAGCGAAUCCACAAUCGUCUUUCCCGCUCAUGGCAGACUUGCCGAGCUGUCGCGUGAAUCAGGUAGAUAAACCUUUUACGCAUACGGGGUGUGAUUAUGCAGGCCCCUUGCAGUACACACCUACUCAUGGCAGAGGAGUCAAGAGUCGCAAGGCUUGGUUAUGUAUUUUCACUUGCCUCACGACGCGCUGCCUUCAUAUCGAGAUAGCGAUGGAAUUGAGUACUGCUAACUUCUUGGCCGCUUUAAAGCGCUUCUUGGCGCGGCGUGGCCCCGUCCAAUGCAUGUAUUCGGACAAUGGGACUAAUUUUACCGGCGCCAACUCUUAUAUGCGAGACCUCUACAAGUUUUUGGACGAUCAUCGUCCACAUCUUGAAAUAGAGCUCGCGGAGAACCGCAUCGAUUGGAAGUUUAUUCCUCCCGCUUCUCCACACUUUGGAGGCGCAUGGGAAAUGGCAGAUUUGUACUGUUGGCCGCCCUGGGCCCCGGGCCCUGUAGUAACUAUUAGCCGCCCCUUUCUCAGCAUGCAUCACAUAGACUGCCGCGUUGCUGCCGCCCCUAAUGUCUUGCCGCCCUAG